UUAAGGGCCCAGCUCCUCCUCGGGAGCCCCUCCUCCCAUCUGCGUUUGUUUUUCUUGGGUUGGGUUUCUGUCUUUCUCGAGAGAGAGAGAAGAGGGAGGAAUCGGCCGAGCAUUUCUCUCCGUUCCUAAAACCAAGGUGAAGGUGAAGAAGAAAGUAACUGUGGGUUAGAUUUGCACUAGAAACAUCAUGUCUCCAGCUGAAUCGUCUCGGGAGGAAAAUGUAUACAUGGCCAAAUUGGCCGAGCAAGCUGAGCGCUAUGAAGAAAUGGUCGAAUUCAUGGAGAAUGUUGCCAAGAUGGUUGACGUCGAAGAGCUUACUGUUGAAGAGCGGAACCUGCUUUCUGUAGCUUACAAGAAUGUUAUUGGAGCCAGACGGGCUUCCUGGAGGAUUAUUUCCUCCAUUGAGCAGAAGGAAGAGAGCCGUGGGAAUGAAGAUCAUGUGGCGAUGAUCAAGGAAUACAGGGGGAAGAUCGAGACAGAGCUCAGCAAGAUCUGUGAUGGAAUCUUGGGUCUCCUCGAAUCCCAUCUUAUCCCAUCGUCCACUGCUGCAGAGUCCAAGGUUUUUUACCUUAAGAUGAAGGGUGAUUAUCAUAGGUAUCUCGCUGAGUUUAAGACUGGUGCUGAGAGAAAAGAGGCUGCGGAGAGCACAUUGUUGGCUUAUAAAUCUGCUCAGGAUAUUGCUCUCACAGAACUGCCUCCAACUCAUCCUAUAAGGCUGGGGCUUGCACUUAACUUUUCAGUGUUUUAUUAUGAAAUUCUGAAUUCACCAGAUCGUGCUUGCAAUCUUGCGAAGCAGGCCUUCGAUGAGGCUAUUUCGGAGCUGGACACUUUGGGCGAGGAAUCUUAUAAGGAUAGCACAUUGAUUAUGCAGCUUCUCCGUGACAAUUUGACACUCUGGACCUCUGACAUUACGGAGGAUGCUGGUGAUGAGAUUAAGGAGGCUCCAAAACAAGAAUCAGGAGAGGGGCAGUGAUUAAGAAAUCAUCUGGCCUUGUACAAAAGGUAAACAAAUGCGGGGCUUGCUAUGCAGAUGAACCUUUGUACUUCCACUGUAGUUUUAGCAUAUAGAUUUGAUUUGGGUUGUUGCAAGAUCUAUAAGUUAGCACUGUUGGCAUGGGGGUGAACUUCUGUGUGGAUUUAAAGCAUAUCAAAGACUUAUUGAUAAGGAAAUCGUUUUUAUCCA